AGCAUCAAAGCGAUAUUACACGUGAGUGUCUCUGUGUGUAUACAUACACCUACGUUUAUCUCAAGCGGAUUUUUUCUCUUUUCUUGCUUGUUUUAAUUUUAAAUAUUUCUUGAUAAUUGUGAGCCAACGUGGAAUCAUCGACGAAAAGCUAAGUCAUCUUCGAAACAGACUCUCGAGGCAACAAGUUCGCAAAGUCUGAAAAAAUGGCACUGAUUCCAACAAUGUUCCGCGAUUGGUGGGAUGACUUCGAGAGGCCAAGCCGAUUGUUCGACCAGCACUUUGGGCUAGGCCUGACGAGGGACGAGUUGCUCAACACCCUCACAGUCCCGUCACUCCACGGCUACUACCGGCCUUGGCGCAACCUCCUGGAGCAGAGCGGCGGCGUCUCGAGAAUCCAGUCGGACAAGGACAAGUUCCGAGUGAUAAUCGACGUGCAGCAGUUCUCGCCUAAGGAGAUCACCGUCAAGACCGUCGACAACUCUAUCGUCGUCGAGGCCAAGCACGAGGAGAAGAAGGACGAGCACGGCUACAUCUCGCGCCAGUUCGUGCGCCGUUACGUCCUGCCCGAGGGCCACGACAUCGGCAACGUCCAAUCUCACCUGUCCUCCGACGGAGUGCUGACCAUCACCGCGCCCACUCUGGCCCUCUCGGCGCCCGGGGAGAAGAUCAUUCCCAUACAACACACCGCCACCCCGGCCGUUAAAAAUACUUAAUUCCACCAAGUACACCGCUGUACAUAACCUGUAAACUUGCAUCCGGCCUUCCACACCAUCCAAUCUCUCGGCAUUUACAUGCCUUUAUAUAUACUUUCUUUUAUUUACUUUGUUCCUAUUCGUUUCUUUUUUUACUAAAACCACUGCUUUGUAACAAGUUUCUACACCUUUUUACCCAUACGUCAUAU